CUUCAAAAAUAUCAUUUCUAUAAACUAUGCUUCCCUACCCACCCCCACUCCCUUCCCCACAACACCUUUAUCAAACUCCAGAACUCUUCUUUCUCUCAUUCAUGUCCUCAUCUGCUUCUCUCUCUGUUUCUCACUGGGAAGAAAACAAGAGUCAAUCAGAGAAGAACUUAAAUGAACCCCACAAAAACUCUUAUAGUCCAAGUUAGCCCCCACCCUCAAAUUUCUCUGCUCCUAUCUUACUCUAAAGUUUUUUUUUCUUUUUUUUUUUACAGAUUUUUUCUAGUGUUUCUCUCUCUUCCCCCACCUUUCUUUCUUUUGAAUUUGGAAGAAGAGGGGGGGAGGAGAUGGAGAUGGGGAUAUUGAGAAGUUAGAAUACAAAUUAUCAGACACAGAGAGAAAAAAAAAACAGACAGAUAAAGAAAGAACAGUUUUCUUGAACCCACCAACAAAAUUCUUGAUUACCCCACCCACCCCCACAUUCCAACCCAGGUCCAGGCCACCACUCUCUCUCUCUCUUUCUUUCUCUCUCUCCUAAAACACAAAAAUAUGGAACUCACUGAUUUACAAAGCAACAAUACUAAUAGCACUAGUAAACAGCAAAGCACCACCCCUUCUCCACCUCUCCACCACCAGCACCAGCAUCAACAUCAGCAUCAGCAGCAUCAGUACCAGCUACUUUCCCAGCACCAUCACCAACACCACCAGCAGCAGCAGCUUCAACAACAACAACAACAACAACAACAUGGGAGAUCAUCAGUUCCUUUUAUGUCCUCUAUAUCCAUCCAGCAGCCUUCUGCACCACCUGGGCUUACUAAUUCUGCAAGUCCUUCACCUGCUGCUGCUGCUACCAGUGCUUCUCCUUCUACUUCUUCACCUACUCCUCAACAGCAGCAGCAGCAGCCGCCUCACUUAGUGGACGCUUCUCUUGCUAUCGCCACUAGAUCCGACUCCCUGAUUGACCCAAACAAGAAAUCUCAGCCACAACAACAGCAGCUGGCAAUUCAACAAACACAAAUUGUUCCACAGCCGCAGCAGCCACCGCCGAAGCGACAAACAAAGGAUCGGCACACCAAAGUUGACGGACGAGGGCGGCGCAUCCGAAUGCCAGCCGCCUGUGCAGCUAGGGUUUUCCAAUUGACCAGAGAAUUAGGUCACAAGUCCGACGGAGAAACCAUUGAGUGGCUAUUACAGCAAGCCGAGCCUGCCAUCAUCGCUGCCACUGGCACCGGCACAAUCCCAGCCAACUUUUCCACUCUCAACAUAUCCCUCCGCAGCAGUGGCUCCAGUCUCACCGCUCCUCCUUCUAAGUCUGCUCCGCAUUCUUUUCACAGCGCUUUAGCUCUAGCUGCUGCUCACCAUACCCCUCAUCCUUUCGAAGAAGGAUUCUCACACAUGCUAGGGUUUCAUCAGAAUCCUCAUCUCCUGACCCAAAAUCCAAUCGGAGAAUCAUUACCGGGAGGUGGAGGUGGUGGUGGUAACAGCGGCGAUGGUAGUGGAGGUGGUCAAGAGGGGGCUGAUAAUUACCUUCGGAAAAGAUACCGAGAGGAUUUGUUCAAAGAAGAAGGUUCAAGUAAUCCACAAGGAGAAGCUUCUGGAGGAUCUAGUUCACCUUCAAAUAAGCAGUUCAAGGGAAAUUCUUCGCAAUUGCCCAAGUCCAAUUCCUCCCAAGAAGGUGUAGCUGGACCAUCAUCUAAUAUGCUUCGGCAUACAAAUAUGAUGCCAGCUACCGGCUUAUGGGCGGUGGCACCACCACCCAGCAGCGGAACAACUGGCAGCCCAUUCUGGAUGCUGCCGGUCACGGCUAGUGGGAGCGGACAGACGUUGUCCGCUCCCAUGGCAAGCACAUCAGGAACUACAACACUUGAGUCUCAAAUGUGGCCUUUCCAUAUGAGUAGCUCAAACACUAUUCAAGCACCAUUACAUUUCAUGCCUAGGUUUAAUAUCCCACCAAAUCUUGAAUUUCAAAGUGGUAGAGGAAACCCAUUACAACUAGGCUCAAUGUUAAUGCAGCAACAACAACAACAACCAUCUCAACAUCUCGGGCUCGGAAUGUCUGAAACUAAUUUGGGCAUGUUAGCUGCCCUUAAUGUGUAUUCAAGAGGUGGUUUGAAUAUAAAUUCAGACCAUCAAAGUCACUCCUUGGAACAUCAUCAUCAGCAACAACAACCUCAACCUCAACCUACAGAUAGCGACAAUGACGAUCCAAACAACUCUCAGUAAAAUCUAUAAUAUUGGUUUUAAAUUUCUAAAGUGUGCUGGAGUGAAAGUGCUUGAAAGAUUCAUUUGCAUAUGAAUUGAGGAUUUGAUGGAAGACAGACAGAUCAGAGAGGUAUAUGUUAGUUGUCAUUUGGUUUUGUCUGUCAUUAUUACUCCUUUUAUUUUUUGUUUGUUUCUUUGGUGAACCUUUUGCUAGAGAAGAGUUGUGAAGGAUUUGAAUUGUAUUUUGUUAGGUUUUGGUCCAUUGGGAUAUUAAUUAGCUAGCUAGGAGUGAAGAGAGAGAUUUGUAUAGGAGGAGAUUAUAUAUUUGUGUUUAGUAUUUUUCAAAAAACUUAGCUUGCUCAUGUUGUGUGUAUCAGAAAAUUGCAAAAAAAAAAAAAACAGUUUCAAAAAAAAAAAGAAGAAAAAUUACUACUA